ACGAAGUCACAGGUAUGGUGCCGUUGCCAGAAACUGCGCUGUUGUUGAAAACGGACACGAAAUGAAUAAAAAUGUUUGUGUACAAUGCAAACGCAUUCGGUAAAACAGCUCUGCUGAAGUUUCUGUGCUCGUUGGCCGUCCUCGACCCCUCGGUGAAGCUCUAUGGUUGUUGGCAGUAGCAUUAGUUUGGCCCAGCGUUAAAGGCGACAUAUCCAGCAAGCGGCUGAUUGCAGUGAAAGUGUGGUUCGCAAAAACGAAAAAAAAGCACACACACAUACACACGAGCGCACGCGCGCGACAUUACAGCAACCACAAAAUUGAACGCUAGCGGAAAACUCAUAUUGCCACCUCUUUCUCCGUUUUGUUUUACAGAGAGCGUAUCAAACGGGCGUCAGUAGGGUAGUACCAAGGUUUUCUGCUAAAAAGAUAAAGUGCAGAAGUGUACGGGAAAGAAAAUAUUUUGUUCGCGCAGCAGAAAUACUUGUCGGUGGUAACUUUCGGGAAAAACCUUCCGCUCCAGGGCAGAUUGUAAAGAGCAGCUGUUGUGAAAGCGGCGGAGCGUUGUCUUAGCGACCAUUACGAUUGUAGUAUGCCCUAUCCGUCAGUCGCGCAAUAGGACGAAAAGCGUGUGGUGUGUGGCAGUAUGCUAUUUUUCUUACUAGGGGUGAUGGUGGUGGCUUGCCAAUUGUGAUAUUUACAGACUAGUGUCGUGCCUGUGUCUGCAAGUUUAUGUUCUGGGGUACGGUGUGCGAGUGGUGUGGGGGUGUAUAUUAGGCGAAAAAGCUGGAAAAACAUUGACAAAAAAAUCAACGGCAGACAAAGCCAUAGUGUAGUGUUCUGCAUUUGCGAAGCAGUCGGAAAGCGAUGGCAACUCCGGAUAUGGAGCAACACUCUGUGCCAGGAACAUCCAGCAACAAAGAUCUGAACGAAUUCCUGUGCCAGAUACCGACACACUCAGCAAUCAACACACUUGCGGCCGAUGUUUGCUGUCAAAAAAUUUCCGACCACGACAUACACCGUGUCAACCCGUUCGUCCACAAGCUCGCCUGGGACGAUCCGAUAGACAAGUUCAAGACCGUUAUCCUCACAGUAAUCCUGCUACCAUUCCGAGUCAUCUUGAUAUUGGGAUGUCUGGUAAUCGCAUGGGCCCUCGCCAACAUCGGUCUUUUCGGACUAUCGAAGGAGGACCUGCGGAUGAAGCCCCUAACCGGCUGGCGGCGCCAACUGCGUUGCAUCACCGCGCACGUGAUGCGCCUGCUGUUCCUGUUCGGUUCCUUCAACUACAUACGAUACAAGGGCGAGCGAGCGUCGCCGAAGGAGGCCCCGGUAAUAUGCGUCGCGCCCCACACCGCCUUCUUCGACUCGGUCUGCGUCGUCCUGUUCGGGCCGUCGGCCGUUGUCGCCAAGUACGAAACGGCCUCGCUGCCGUUUUUCGGAAAACUGAUCGACUACGCACAACCAAUCUACGUGUGCCGGGAGGAUCCGCAUUCGCGUCAGAGCACGAUUCGCGAGAUUAUCCAGCGCGCCAACUCCACGGAGGAUUGGCCACAAAUUCUGAUUUUCCCCGAGGGGACGUGUACCAACCGCACCUCGCUGAUCCAGUUUAAGCCUGGCGCGUUCUAUCCGGGAGUUCCAAUUCAGCCGGUACUGAUGCGCUACCCUAACAAGGUCGACACGGUUACCUGGACCUGGGAAGGACCAAGCGCCAUCCAGCUGCUGUGGCGCACCCUGACCAAGUUCCACACCUUCUGCGAGAUCGAGUUUCUUCCCGUGUACUAUCCCAGCGCAGAUGAGAAGGCCGAUCCGAAACUUUAUGCGCGCAACGUACGGGACUUGAUGGCCAAGGCUCUCGACAUUCCCAUCUCCGACUACACCUUCGAUGACUGCAAGCUGAUGACAUACGUCAAGAACGUCAACCUGCCGUACGCAUCGGCCAUUGCUGACAUCGAAAAGCUGCGUGAGUUGGCCGGUGCGGCCCCGGAUAUCGAGGCGACUGUUGUACGGAAUACACCAGCGUUCAACGACGGCAACCGCUUCUUAACACUCUCCGAGUUUGCCACUCUAUUUCACUUUGACGAAAAGCUUGAGGCGACAGUCGCCUUGCAUCAAAUAUUUGUUAAGCCAAACAAACCAGACUUGCUCGAUGUGCAGCAAUAUCUCCUCAUGACUCUGUUUCUUACCACCCUGAACAAACCAAAACUUGUGUUCGUCGAACUACUCUUUCACCUUUACGGAACUUCGGGAUCCGUUGAUCGUGCGCAGUUGUACGAUGCGUUGAAGUAUGUGGUUAAAAUUUCUCUUGAAGAAGUGGAUGUCUUGUUUGUAAAGGCGGACACAGCGCAUACUGGGAAAAUUAACAUGAAUCAAUUCCUAGCGGCAAUCGAAAACAUGCCUCUGCGGACAAAGCUUUCCAAUAACAACGACCCAAAUCACUUAAGACUGCAGUGAGCGAGCCGCUAUCAAGUCCAUCCGUUCCAGCACUGGAUAGUCGUUCAAACAUCGAAUGGAAGUUUCGGCACAACUUCUCGUUACUUAAGAAGGCGGUUAUCUGAAGCCGUUGUAGCAAAACUAGCGACGCACCAAAAAUUCUCGUACUGUUCCGUUGGGAAUUGAUUUAUAUUAACUUAUGUUUGACCUCUUCAUCCUACUGACAAGAUAAGCGCAGUAAGGUGUUAAUACUGAGCAAACGUUAAGCCCCAGAUCAGCUUCGACAAAAUUUUUGAAACGUUUCUACAUUUCUACAUCUACACGCUUAUUCCAGGACGCUGUAGUAAGACAACUUAAAAUCAUAUGGUACAUAUUCUUCCGGCAUCAACCUUUUCGGAGCUAGUCAAUGAGGUGGAGAUCUUAAGGGUUAUUACAGCUAGAUAUAUUUUAUUGUAAUAUUUUAUCCCUAUUAAUUCGACUCAUUACUGAUAGCUAGCUUGUUAGCAUAACAGCCCGCCAGGAUGCCAGGUUGCACAGGUUCAUACACCUUUCUGCUCAUGCAGACUAGAAAGUUUCGUUAUAAAAGAAUUAUAAUUUUCUCCUUCUCAA